GAAUCAAAGGUGCCACACAGGGUAAUCUUCUCUCUGUUAUCUGCACAGUGGAGACUCCCAAGCCCUCCAUCGCCUGCAGCAACUCAAACCCCAGGAAGACUUCCACUGUGACCUUAACCUGUGAACCUGAGAUUAAGGACGCAAGCUACCUGUGGUGGAUAAAUGGUCAGAGCCUCCCAAUCAGUAGCAGGCUGUGGCUGUCCAAUGACAACAGAACCCUCAUUCUAUUCAGUGUCACGGAGAAUGAUGCAGGAUCCUAUGAAUGUGAAGUGAAGAACCCAGUGAGUGCCAGCCGCAGUGAUCCAGUCACCCUGAAUGUCCUUCCGGAGCUGCCCCAAGCCUCCAUCACCAGCAACAAAUUCAAUGCUGUGGAACAUGAUGAUGAGGUAACCAUAACCUGUAUACCUGAAAUUGGAAAUGCCACCUACCUGUGGUGGGUAAAUGGUGAGAGCCUCCAGUUCAGUCCCAGGAUGAAACGGUCUGAUGACAAUAGGACCCUCACUCUACACAGUGUCACGAGAAAUGACGCAGGGUCCUAUGAAUGUGAAAUACAGACCUCAAUGGAAGUCAUCCGCAGUGACCCAGUCACCCUAAAUGUCCUCUAUGGUCCAGACUUCCCCAGCAUUUCUCCUUCAGAUACCCUUUACCAUCAAGGAGAAAACCUCCACCUCUCCUGCUUCGCGGACUCUAACCCACCGGCAGAGUAUCAUUGGAUGGUUAAUGGGAGGUUUUUGCCACCAGGACAACAGGUCUAUGUCCCCCAAAUCACUACAAAGAAUACUGGGCUCUAUGUUUGUUUUGCUUAUAACUCAGUCACUGGCAAAAGAAACUUCGCAUUCAAGAAGAUCAAAGUCGUUGACUGAACUGGACCGUGGAUUCUUCUAGCUACUUCAAUCCAAUGCUCUCCCAUGGAAUUACUAAGAACAAGAGCUGCCCUGUUCCUGAAGCCCUGUAAGCCGGAGGUGGACAACUCAAUGUAAAUUUCAACAGAUAUCCCUCAUGCCUGAGGUGUGAGCCACUUAGAGGCUUCACUGAAAUGUUCGACACACCAUGACCAGAGACCCUCAAACUGCAGACCAGGACAAGAGUGACAACUUCACACUGUGGACAGCUUUUUCAAAGAUGUCAAAACAAGACUCCUCUUCAUGAUGAAACUUUCACCCCUCUUAAUUUGUUCUUGCUUAUGCCUGCCUCCCUCACUUGGCAGGAUAAUGCUGUCAUAAGAAAUUCACCCACCGCUCUGGUAUUGUAUUGCCCGGGGAGAGCUGCCCGAAACAAUGCCUCACAAAUAAAAGUCAAUUAGAUGUAUAAGUAAAUUAGUUGUAACUUUGCUUUAUGAUGCAUGUUCACAGCCAGUGAUGGCCAGUGGGGUCUCUCAGGCUGCAUCUUUCUCACCCUGACCCACCUGCCUCUCGCUUUUACUUACAAGGACCCUUCUGAUUUCAAUGGGCCACCCCAGAUUAUCCAGAAUAACCUCAAGAUACUUAACUUCAUUACCACUGCAAAGCCUUUUUACCAAGAAAGUUAGAUGCACGUGUCAGGGGUUAUAACGUGGACACUUUUAGGAGGCCAUUGUUCUGCCUAACACAGGUAACCUUCUUUUUAAAAAUGUAUUUAUUAUACUUUAUGUUCUGGGGUACAUGUA